CCUCCCCAUGCCUCCCCCAUGCCUUCCCCAUGCCUUCCCCAUGCCUUCCCCGUGCCUCCCCCAUGCCUUCCCCAUGCCUCCCCAUGCCUUCCCCAUGCCUUCCCCGUGCCUCCCCCAUGCCUUCCCCAUGCCUCCUCCAUGCCAUUCCCCUGCGUUUCCAUGCCUAUUCCUGUCCGCACCAUGCCUCGUCCUUGCUUCAUCCUGCAUUUCCUAUCCAUUUUUCACCCCACUUAGCGCACUUCUCAUCAUGCUCAGCCCACUUAGUGCACUUCUCAUCAUGCUUAGCCCAUCCCUGUUAUGUGUGUUCUCCCUAGCACGCGCACACUUUCCCUUGUCAACAGCAGAUGACAAACUUCCUUGUUUAAUACUGUUCAACACUUCACUCCCAACAAAGACCCCCUCUCACAUGACAAACCUCCCAAACAUGACAUGUCCACAUCUCCCAUGCCAGCCAAUCAGCCCCUCACAUCCUGGUGCCUUGCAUGCUCCCUCGCACCUUCCCAGGAACGCCUUCCGAGAAGCGUCCUCGCCGUAUUCCCGGACCGCCAUCUCCACCUACCCCUUCUCCUGCUCUCUCCUCUCCUCCCUCCUCUGGGCCGCCUACGCGCUCCCUAUAGUCACACCCCACCGCAUUCUCUUCCUCCUCGCCCACCUCAUACAGUCAUUCUCCCUCUCUGCGCUCCUCAUUGCCCUCCUUGCGUCUGACUCCUCCAGUUACCGCCUGCGCCUGCUUCAGGUGCUGCAGAUCCUGCCGCCAGUGGCAGGCCUCUCCAUUGUGGCGCUCGUCCUGGGAUACUACUGCUCCACAUCUUUCCCCCUUCUAUUCGGUGUGCCUGCCUCAGCAGCAGCCGUGCUCCUGCUCGCCCCUCACCCCCUCCUGCGCCAUGGUGAGGCUCUUUGACUCGGCCACAUCAGCCCCAGCAGCACAGCUCUUCGUUAGCUUCUCUCUGCUCGCCUCUGCAUUCGCGUGGGCUGGUUUUGGCUUCGCUGCUUCCGACUUUUUCAUUGCUGUGCCGUAUGUGGUGGUGGCAGCACUUGAGGCUCUCUUUCUCGCUCUUUCUUCGAUCCUGGGCACCACCAGCAGCGCUGCGUUGCAACGGAGGGCAGCAGAGGGGUACGAGCUCGUCCCCCCCCACAGCGUCAGAGUCAGGGUUGACGGAGCAAUCGCUAGAGGACACACCUGAUGAGUUUGACGAGUGGUUACAACUGGACGCCCUUCAUGGCCGUAGACUGGCCUAGCACUACAAUGCAUGUAACCACUUGUACAGUAUAUGCAUGCAUAUACUACUCGUCCAUGCAUUGUAGUGUAUGGCCGCAUUGUACUACUCGUUCAUGGCGUAGACUGGCCUAGCACUACAAUGCAUGUAAUAUAUAUAUACUGUACAAUGUGGUUACAAUGUACGCAUGUAAGAAAGAGCCG